GAGAGCGCUAGGGCUCUAGCGGGGCCGCUCGCUGCCGGAGGCGCGGCGCGGAGCUGCUGCGGUGGCCGCGGGAGCCGCAGGCGUCUGCAUUUCCCCGCCUCCUCCCCGAGUGCGGACGCUGCUGCCCAGUCGCCGCCCGAGGCCGGUGUUGAUGCCCGGGAGGGUCUUGCGCCGCCACCGCACGGAGCGGGGAGAAAAGAGGCGACCACCCGCCGCAAGCGACCGUCCCCCUGCAACCCGCGCCGCCCGCGCCCUCCGCGCCAGCCAUGGUGGACGUGCUGGGCGGGCGGCGCCUGCUGGCCCCCGGCGGCGCCUGGGUGGAGGCCGAGGCGGCGCUGCAGAACAAGGUGGUGGCGCUGUACUUCGCAUCGGGCCGCUGCGCGCCCAGCCGCGACUUCACGCCGCUGCUCUGCGACUUCUACGCGGAGCUGGUGGAGCAGGCGCGCCCGCCCGCGCCCCUGGCCGUGGUCCUCGUGUCCACCGACGGCAGCGCCCCGGAGAUGGAAGGGUUCCUGCGGCAGCUGCCCGGCGCCUGGCUGGCGCUCCCCUUCCACGACCCCUACCGGCAUGAGCUGAGGACCAGGUACCGCGUCACAGCCACCCCCAAGCUUGUGAUCCUGAAGCCCAGUGGGGAGGUCAUCACCGACAAAGGGCGCAAGCAGAUCCGGGAGCGGGGCCCGGCCUGCUUCCAAGGCUGGGUGGAGGCCGCCCCGGUCUUUCAGAACUUCUCCGGCGCCAUCAUACCCUAGGAAGGAGGGACAAUGUCGAGGCUGUGCAGUCCCGUCAGGACCAAACCCCGCCGGCGCCGGGUCCCAAAGGACCGGAGCCCCGCGGGUCUGAAGCGCAGGAGGCGCCUGGCCGGGAGCAGAGGGUUCGAGCCUCCGCUGGGCUCGGCUCAGAGCACACACAAGAAGCGACCCAUGGGUGCGGAAGUAAGGGGAGCGCUCUCUCUCUCUCUCUCUCUCUCCCCCCCUCCUUCUCCCUUCUUCCCUCCACUCCCGUCCUCUCUCUCUCAAUCAGUAAAUUAAAAAUAAUAAUAAAGCUCAUAUAAACUCUGUUUCUUAAAGAAAGAAAAGAGCAAGAGGGGAGCCACAGGUUCGGGUUUGCAGCCGGUCCUGCCUCCUGCCCGCCUCGCUGGGCAGCUUGUCCCGUGGCCAGGCCAGGCCUUCCCUCCUUUCCAGCUGCACUGUGACGGGGGGGG